AUGGGCAACCAGGGUGACCCGCCGGCCGCACCCUCGUCGCACCCGGCCACCGCCCCACCACCCGCUCCCCCUCCCCCUCCUCCUCCUCCUCCUCUCGACCCGAGUGCACCCUCCACUCCCCCUCCCGACUCGUUCAUCCGCUUCCGCCUCAGCGCCAUCGACACCGUCCUCGCCUACGACCACUCGCAGUACGACAUCCGCCGCUCCCCCUUCACCUCUGAACCUCUGCGCCAGGUCCCCCUCAUUCGCAUCUGGGGCGCGACCGACCGCGGCCAGCGCGUCACCGCUCUCGUCCACGGCGUGUUUCCCUACGUCUACGUCGAGUACAAGGGCAGGCUCGACCCCGACUCGGUGCACGACUACAUCCGCCGCUUUGGCGCCGCUCUGAACCGUGCCAUGGACCUGUCGCUCCCAAACAAGUACGGCAAGAAGCAGGCGCCGCAAUACGUCGCGUUCGUCGUCCUGUGCAAAGGGACCAACUUCUACGGCUACCACGUCGGCCACUCGCCGUUCCUCAAGGUCUACCUCGUCAACCCGCGCCACAAGAACCGCCUGUCCGAGGUCCUGCGCAGCGGCGCCGUCCUGCGCACCCAGUUCGACGUCUUCGAGGGCCACGUGCCCUACCUCCUCCAGUUCAUGCUCGACGCCAACCUGUACGGCUGCGGCUGGGUCGAGGUCGGCGAGUGCCGCUUCCGCGAGGAGCUUCCAGACCACGUCGUAAAGAGCAGCGACGACUUUGCGCCCGACUCGUGCGACGGCCCGUACUCGGAACGUCUGUACACGGUCGACACGGUCCCGCCGCAUCGCCUGCACCCGUCCGUCGACGCCGGCGGGCCGGCCAAGAUCUCGUACGAGGCGCUCGAGCUCGACCUGCCGUACACGGCCAUCCUCAACCGGCGCGUCCUCACGCCGCGCGACCUGCACCACGACUUUGUCGAGCUCCUGCACCCAGACUCGGUCGAGCGCGGCAAGCUCGUGCGCUCGCUCAAGGAGAUCUGGGCCGACGAGGCGCGCCGCCGAGCCGAGCGCGGCGAGACGGGCCCGGCCGACACGGCCGACACGGCGCAGCGCGAGUGGGACGAGCGCGACGCGGCGCAGGCCAUCUGGCGCCGCGAGCCCGAGUUCCGCGACAAGGUCGCCGCCAAGCUCGGCGAGGACCUGCGGCGGUGGCGCGACCAGGUCGGCCCGCGCGGCAAGGCCCAGCCCGAGUUUGCGUCGUUCGUCGACGACACGGCGCGGCACGCCCGAGGCGGCAACCGCCACUGGUUGACCAAGGUCCGCACGACGUUCGAGCAGGUCGACGCCGUCUCGAUCGACCGCUUCGCCCAGGACGAGCGCGACAAGUACGAGUUCGGCGCGUGGGCCGUCCAGGGCAUCGGGAUCCCGGUGCCCAAGGUCGACGAGGCCGACGUCGACCUCGCGCGGUUGCGGGCGUCGACCGCCGCCGCCUCGGCGGCCCGCAGGACGGCCCGUCGGCGCCCGCAGGACGCGGCCGAGGGCGAGGGCGACGACGACGAGAUGGACGGCGACGACUUUGACUCGGGAGAGGACGAAUACGGCGACGGGCCGGGUCAGGGUGGAGGAGGCGGUCGCGGUCGUGGCGGGCAGGCCCCGCCGGCGACGCAGGCCGAGGCGCUCGCCCGGCAGCGCCGCUCGGGCGCAGCAGACCGCAUCGAGCGGCGAGGGCGCAUGGCGUCGACGCAGGAGGGCGAGUGGGACCGCGAGCCGGACGAGCGUGACGACGACGACGACGAGGAGGAGGACAACUUCUGGGGCGUCGAUGCCGGCACGGACCGCCCGGCGUCGCGCGCUCCGUCCGAGGCGUCGUUCUUUUGCGGCGGCGACGAGGACGAGGACGCAGAAGACGGUCGGUCGUCGAUGCGGCCCGACUCGCUGUCGCCGGUCAAGCGCUCGUCGCCGUCCAAGCGCCUCACGCCGUCCAAGCGGCCUCUCGCGUCGCCGGCACAGCUCGGGCACGUCGACCACGACCAUGGUCACACCGACGAGCCGUCAGCAAAACGUGUCAAGGCCGACGAGGAGGAGCGGGUGCGCAAGAUGGCCGAGCAGGGUGGCGAGUUCGGCAAGCAGGCGGCGAGCUUUACGACGCCGACUCACCCUCGUUCCACGCCUUCCUCCGCUCGCGCCGCUCGGACCGCCCACCACAUCUCGCCUGCCGUCACGCCCUCUCGACGCUCCGCCCGCAACCCGUUCGCCUCACCGAGCAAGGCGCUCUCGUUCCGCAUCGCCGCGCCGAGCUCGAGCGGGUCGACGCUCCGCCCUGGGCCCGAGGACGACGGCGAGGCGGCCCUGUUUUCGUCGCCGCCGCCCGACCUCAAGCUCGAUCCCGACACGGCCGUCGAGCCACAAGGCGCGCAGCAGGUCCAGCCGAGCGUCGCAGCUCCACGUCAACUCGCCCACCACGUCUCGAACCUGUCGACCGCCCUCUCGCUCGAGGAGUACCUCCAGUCGUCGGCCGAGUCGGCCGACGUCCGCUCGCCCUCGCCGCCAGGACGAUCACGCUCGAACGUGACGCCGUCGCAGGCGCUCGCCGACCUCAAGGACCUGCCCGACGACGCGCUCGACGAGUACAUGCCGACCCCGACCCUCAAGGAGGAGGUGCCGUCACAGCUCCCGCCGCACCCUCGUUCCUCCCCGCCACCACCUCUCUUCGACUUUGACGACAUGCACGUCGAAGAGCGCCCCUCCCGACCGUCGUCGCCGCCGCACGCGUCGCCCAUGCUCGAGAUCGAGCCCGCCUCGCCCGUCCUCACCGACCUCGACCGCGACGUCAAGCCGCCUCUCGAGCCGACGCUCCGCCCGACCAAGAAGCACGUCAUGUUUCAGCUCGCGCGCACCGACUUGUCGUCGUCAGCCGCGUCGGCCGGGACGACCCCGACCCCGGUCGCGUCGGUCAACGGGUCGCAGCGCUCGACCACGCCCCUGCAGACGUCGCAGAACACGACCGACUCCGCCGACUCGGUCGUUGCGCCUGCACCACCUCGCCGCGUCUCGACCUACCCUCUCUCGGCCCGGUCCUUCACGUUCGCCGAGCCGCCGCCGACCACGUCAACUGUCGUCGCCGCACUCGAGCGCGACAACCGGUCCUACGUCGUCUACAAGGACCCGUACUACAGCAAGCCGGCCGACGUCCCUCGCCGCAAGCGCGAGUACGCCGGUCGCUCGUUCCGCCUCAAGGGCAGCAGGAUCGUCGACCUCACGCCGUUCGUGCACCACGACGCGCUCGGUCCUCUCCCGAGCGAGACGCCGAGCGCGCCCCUGUCGAGGAUGCUCGACGUGCGCGCGUGGGAGUACGCCGUACGGCCGCCGACGAGGGAGAACUUGGACGAGUGGCUCAGCAAGAACGGCGGCCGCAAGGACGAGAAGAAGCCGCGCUUCAACCCGAUCAAGUCGCAGGUCGAGGGCCCGACGCAGAAGACGGGCAGCGAGAAGUUCCAGUCGAUCAAGGGCGCCAGUCAGCGCGAGAAGCAGCACAUGGCCGUCCUCGCGAUGGAGCUGCACGUCAACACGCGCGGCAAGCUCCUGCCGAACCCGCAGCACGACGCGAUCGAGUUCCUCGUCUUCUGCCUCAAGUCUGACAACGAGCGCGAGGACGAGUACUGGAACGGCCGCAACGAGAAGACGCACGUCGGCUACAUCGUCGUCGGCGAGGGCAAGAAGUACGAGCGGCUCGACAACCGGUGCCACGUCCACGUCGUCGAGACCGAGCGCGACCUCAUCGAGCUCUUCCUCGACAAGCUCCGCAUGGAGUGGGACCCAGAGUGUGUCGCCGGCUUCGAGGUCCAUCAUGGCUCCUGGGGCUACCUCCUCGAGCGUGCCGAGACUGCUUUCGAGUGGAACCUCGUCCCCGAGCUCGGUCGCGUCAAGAGCUUCGACACGGGCAAGUUCGGCGACAAGCACUCGGACCGGUGGGGUUUCAGCCAGUCGAGCGUCCUCAACUUCACCGGUCGUCACGUCCUCCCCGUGUGGCGCAUCCUCAAGGCCGACAACAAGUUCCAGCAGAACAGCUUUGAGCACAUCGCGCUACACGUUCUCGGCAUCCGGACGCCGCAUUUCUCGUACGAGACGCUCACCGCCUGGUACGCCUCGGGCGAAGCCGUCGAUAUGGCUCGAGUCGUCGAGUACUGGCGCAACCGGGUCGAGAUGGACGUCGAGAUGCUCGAUGCCGCCGAGGUCGUCGAGCAGAGCUGCGAGGAAGCGCGAGUGUUCGGCGUCGACUUCAACUCGGUGCGCACGCGUGGCUCGCAGUUCAAGGUCGAGUCGGUCAUGUUCAAGCUCGCCAAGCCCGAGUCGUUCCUCCUCCUGUCGCCAAAUCGGGUCCAGGUCGGCCGCCAGAACGCCGCCGAGUGCAUGCCCCUCAUCAUGGAGCCCCAGAGCGCGUUCUACAAGGGCCCGCUCCUCGUCAUGGACUUCCAGUCGCUGUACCCGUCGUGCAUGAUCGCCUACAACUACUGCUACUCAACGUUCCUCGGCCGCGUGAGCGACUUCAAGGGCUCGAACAAGUUCGGCGUGAGCGAGGUCGACCUUCCCGACGGCCUUCUCAACCUGCUCAAGGACGACAUUACGAUCUCGCCAAACGGCAUGAUGUUCGCCAAAGAGCGGGUCCGCAAGUCGCUCCUCGCAAAGAUGGUUGGCGAGCUUCUCGAGACGCGCGUCAUGGUCAAGGGCAGCAUGAAGGCUGUCGCAGACGACAAGGCCCUCACCAAAUUGCUCAACGCCCGCCAACUCGCCCUCAAGUUCCUCGCCAACGUUACCUACGGCUACACGUCUGCGACCUUCUCAGGCCGCAUGCCGGCUGUCGAGGUCGCCGACGCCAUCGUGCAGACAGGUCGCGAGUCGCUCGAGAAGGCGAUGGAGACGAUCAAGGCGACGAGGCGGUGGGGCGCGCAGGUCGUCUACGGCGACACGGACUCGCUCUUCAUCUACCUCCCUGGCAAGACCAAGGACGAGGCCUUCCGCAUCGGCAACGAGAUGGCCGACGUCAUCACGCAGCAGAACCCGCGACCGAUCAAGCUCAAGUUUGAGAAGGUCUACCUCCCGUGCGUCCUCGUCGCCAAGAAGCGCUAUGUCGGGUUCAAGUACGAGUACCAGCAGCAGAAGGACCCGGAUUUUGACGCCAAGGGCAUCGAGACGAUCCGCCGCGACGGCAUUCCGGCGACGCAGAAGAUGCAGGAGACGUGCCUCAAGAUCCUCUUUCGCACGUCCGACCUUUCCCUCGUCAAGGAGUACUGCCAGCGCCAGUGGAAGAAGAUCCAGGCCGGCGACGUCUCGCCGCAAGACUUUACGAUCGCCAAGAAGGUCAAGCUCGGGAGCUACGCCGAGGGCCGUCUUCCUCCUCCAGGCGCCGUCGUCGCCGGUCGAGCCAUGGCCGAGGACCCUCGUGCCGAGCCCGAGUACGGCGAGCGCGUCCCAUACGUCAUGUUCCAGGCCGCGCCGGGCCAGAAGCAGGUCCACCGCGCGCUCGCACCUCAAGAGUUCCUCGCCGACUCUCGCCUACGCCUCGACGACGUGCACUACAUCGAGCGCAUGAUGAUCCCGCCGCUCGAGCGCAUCUUCAACCUGGUCGGCGCCGACGUCAAGUCGUGGUACCGCGAGAUGGCCAAGGCCAAGCGCGUGCAUCGCGUCGGCGAGGGCAAGAGCGGCAGGGCCGUCAUGCUCGAGCAGCACUUCAUCAGCGACCGCUGCGUCGCAUGCGACGGGCCCGAGGGUCACGGCGGCCUCUGUCCCGAUUGCGCGGCGCACCCGACCGCCGUCGCGCACACGCUCUCGGCGCGCCAACAGGCCCUCUUGUCGCGGCAGUUCGCUCUGCGCGCCGUGUGCGUCUCAUGCUCGGGCACCCCAAGCUUCGCGACCAUCGCGUGCGACUCGAUCGACUGCCCGAACAUGUACGCCCGAGCGAGGAACGACAACGAGCUCGAGAAGCUGCCCAACCUCGCCAAUCUCCAUCUCGCUUUCUAG